AUGCUCUUGGCACUGCUCGUGUGCCCUCUGGUUGCCCUGGUGAGCUCCCUGCAGGUGGGAGUGUUAAAGGUCUGCCCCCAUCGAUGCUCGUGUCACGACUUCUCGCAUUUCGUGGACUGCAAGGGCCGCGCUUUGUCCCUCGUCCCAGGACGCAUCCCAUACGGUACCUGGAUGCUGGACUUGAGGUCCAACAACCUGACCGAAAUCCCGGCUGCUUCCUUCAGUGGUUUGUGGUCCCUGCGGAUCAUCCUGCUGUCCUGCAAUCAACUGGAACUCUUACACGUCGGAGCCUUCGAGGGUUUGGGCUUCCUGGAAAGACUGGACCUGAAUAGAAACCGUCUGAAGCAUCUCCCCGAGGACUUUUCCAAUGGCCUCCACAUGCGGUACUUGGAGAAGCUGGAGAAACUGGAUUUGAGCGGCAACCAAAUCGGGUCCAUGGAGAAAGGCGUCUUCAGAGGCUUGACAAAGUUGCGGAAUCUGCUGCUUAAGGACAAUAGCCUGACCGUCAUCGAGAACGGAUUUUUCUUCAUGCUCCAGAGCCUGGAGGCUUUGCACCUGGAGCGCAAUAACAUCUCCUCCAUCCAGUUGGAGGCAUUCGCUUCCCUGCGCAGCCUGAGCUUGCUGGGUCUGAACGGCAAUCGCUUGAGCCACUUGACGUUCAAGAUCUUCUUGAACAUCCAGACCCAAGGCACUCACCUCCAGCUAGCGGACAAUCAGUGGAUCUGUGAUUGCGACCUGCAGAGGGUGUUUGGCAAGGUUCUGAGUGUCCGUCACCUCCACGUGGACGAUUACUCCAAUAUCACCUGCUCGGACCCCGGCUCACUGGCUGGCUCCCUCCUCGUGGCCGUGGACUCCCAGCUGUGCAUGGCCGAGACCGCCACCGUGCUGGUCAUCACCGCCACCGUCCUCGUCACUGUCAUCGCCGCUGUUGUCAUGGCCGAGAGGAACCGCAAGAAAAAUGGCAACCAGGAGCGGAGCGAGAGCGACUCUCCCUUUGACUCGCAAGAGAAGUGACGCCUUCUUUCCGCUCUCCUCUCUCCCUUCCCCUCU